AGAGCCACUGUUCAACAAAACAACAAAGAGAACAUGUAAAUCCACCAAUUACAUUGAAUGGCAAGAGUAUUGUGAUGACAAUAAAGGUUGUUUUUACAGGUAUAAUACAUAUCAGAACUAAUCUACCACUGCUUCAGAUAGCAGGAUUAUGUCACAUGUACAAAAAUCAACACAUAUGAUUGGUAACACACUGUAAUUCCCUUUACUGUUGGAGAGCUGUGGUCAUGAAAAGAAGAGUAGAGUGCAGAGGACUGUGCAAUGAAAGUGAAGGGUGAGGCUCUGCUCACUUUCAAGACAGGAUUCAAAGACUGUGUUUCCCAGUGCCGUGACUGAGAUUCUCUGUUGGGAAUGAUCCCCCUCAUGCCUGAGUUUUAAGAUGUGGAAUAGUGUCCUCUUUUUGCCCUGGAGUCUCAGUCACAUGACUGGUCUAUGCAACAGCAUAAGUCUAAGUAUGAGAAAAACAUAUGUGGUGUAUACUUUCUAACCAACUACAUCAGAGCUCAUCAGAACAUAUACAAACAUAAAUUUUACCAAUAUUAUGUACUUUUAAACUUUUAAUUUAUCCAAUUGGCUGUGAUUAUGCAAAGUAGGGGCUGUUCCUGGAUCAUAAUUCAUAUUUGGUCACAGAGCAACAAUCAACCUACAUUUUCCAUUUUCCAUUCAGGAACAUGUCCUAAUUCACCGUCACCGUAUCAUAACCAUGAAAAACUGCAGAGCUAGAUUUUCAAAUAUGCAGAAUAAUGUCACGCACAAUGAGAAAAUAAAUUAAUUUUACCACCACAUGACAUUCCUGUAAAAAAAAACACCAAAAUUUUCGUGAUCAGUAUUUUUUCCAAUCUCGUUUCCUAAUAUUUUAUUAUACCCAAUUGGCUUAAUAUUAUUUUUCAGCAUUUUUUUCUGCAUAUCUAUCAGUGAGUUAAAAAAAACCAAACAGUUUGCCUAGGGGUAAAACUAAUUCAAUAAAUAUUCAUUGAAAGAAGAAAAAAAAUGUUGCUUCUCAUGUGCAUUUAUCUUAUUUUAAUAAUGUUUAGAUGGAAAAAAAAAAGAAACAGAUUAAGAAAAUGAUUUUCUGCAUUGAUUUGAACAGCAACCAUCUCACUGUAUCACAGAUAAGACUGAACCAGCACAUUAUCACUUAAGCAAACAAAUAACCAAAGAAGUAAAAAACUGAAUUGAACAUAUAAAAACUGCAUUGAACUCUCUGUAAUUUGUCCUCAAGAUAUAGAAAACAUCAAGACAUUCAUUCAGUUUGAGCUCAUUGUGUCUUUAGUUAAGCAUUCAUCUGUAUGGUUUUCGAUUUCUGUCCCUUAUAUUGAUUUCAAUGGUUUAGCUGCACUGCCCAGGGGAAAAUGUCUAUUGUUUCAGAUAUCUUUUAUAUCUUAUGAGAUUUAUUUGGGGUUAUCUGUUAUCUGUUAUAGAGGAUUUUUCUCCUUAAGAGAAAUAAAAAUAGAAACAUGAUGCAGAAACAAUGUAUUGUGGAUACAGUAAAGCCCAUAUCAGAUUAUUGGUCAUGUUUUGAUUGCAGACUUUGGUAUGUUGGCAAAAAUCUAGAGGCGUCACAUGUAAUAUCGUUGGGUCUUUCUCUAAAUUUAAACAUAUAAGCAGAAGACAUAAGCAAAAGUGUCCAUUUACUCUCCUUUUAAACUUAUUUGCUGACUAGAAAUACAGUAUAAAAACAAAACUCAUUUGCAUUUGUAUUUGCAUUUGUAUCACACUCAAGCACCCAAAAAUGUAAAAUAUUGUCAGUUUUGAGUGUGAAAGCUUAUGUUGAAUUUCCAUAAAGUGGGUUAAAAAGUGAAUCAAACAAAUGUCACUGAAUUCAUCAGUAUUGCAUUAGCAUCUCUGUGUAAAGGAGAUGUCACAAUUACAUUACGAGGCCUGAAUUUCAAUGCAGCCGGAAGCCGACAUGAGAAAAGAGUGUGACAAUUUAAUUUGCUAUGAUAAAUGCUCUAAAAAAAAUGUAUUUUAAAAUGUGUAUGUUUGCAGUUUCAAGUUCACUGUGACAUGGAUUAUGAUGUCUCUUUCACACCUUUCCUGUGAUUUUGUGCUAAGAGUGAUGUGUUUUGUUAUGAUGGUGGCUAAAUGAGCCUGUUUAUCCUUCUGUGUCUCAUCCUAACAGGACCUCAGCCACACCGUGUCAGGAAAACAUUAAAGGAAGCAGGCAGCCUUAGAGGGGGUAUUCACCACAUCAGCAGCACUGAUCCAAUGAAGGCGGUGAACGAAGCAAUGGAUGACACUACCGAUUGGAUAACGUCAAUCUUGACUUUUAUGACUAAUUUGGUAGCACCAGAAGAAGAGGAGGAUGAAGGUGAUCGUCAUUUUGUGAAGAAAAAAGGAGAAUUCCUGCCACCAAGAAAAAAAGUUGCAGAGAUACGGGCCAAGGAGAUCUUAGAAGAGGAAGGGGAGUACGAGGAGGAAGAGGAGGAAGAUGACAUGGCUAAUGAUGAAGAGGUGGAGGAGGAAGAAGAAGAAGAUGGUGAGGAGAUUGAGGAGGAAGAAGAAUCUGCUGAAGAAGAGGAAGAUGAAGACGAGGAGGCUGAAGAAAAGGAGAUAGAAGAAGCUGAUGUUGAGGAGGAAGAGGUAGAGGAAGAGGAGGAAGCAACAGCAGAGGAGGAGGAGGCUGAAGAAAAGGACAAAGAGGAAGCUGAUGAGGAGGAGGAAGAGGACGAUGAAGAGGAGAAAGCAGCAGCAGAGGAGCCUGAUGAGGAAGAGGAAGGAAAAAAAGAGGAGGCUGAAGAAAAGGAGAAAGAGGAAGCUGAUGCUGAUGCUGAGGAGGAAGAUGAAGAAGCAAAGGAGGCUGUGGAGGAAGAGGAGGUGGAAGAAAAGGAGAAAGAGGAAGCUGAUGCUGAGGAGGAAGAUGAAGAGGAGGAAGAAGCAAAGGAGGCUGUGGAGGAAGAGGAGGCUGAAGAAAAGGAGAAAAAGGGAGCUGAUGCUGAGGAGGAAGAUGAAAAGGAGGAAGCAGCAGCAAAGGACGCUGAAGAGGAGGAGAAGGGAAAAGAAGAGGAGGCUGAAGAAAAGGAUGAAGAGGAAGCUGAUGCUGAGGAUGAAGAUGAAGAUGAAGAGGCUGCUGCUGCUCCCGAAAAGGAAGAUGCUUCCAUCCCUGCCGAAACCAAUGAGGAAAAAGACGAAGCUGCAGAAGCUAGAGUCACCUCUAAAGAAGCUGAGGCAGAUGAAGAUGAUGAGGAGGAGGACAGAACUGAUGCAGAUGAAAAGGUUCCUACUACAUCACUAGAUGAUCAGGAUGAUGAAUCGAGCAAAGCAGGAGAGGAGGAUGAAGAUGGCACCAUAGAUCUAAUAUCUGAUGCUGAAACCCUCCCACCUUUGCCCUCAGAAGAGCCCGACGAUGCUGUUGAAGUUGUAGCUGAUGAUUCCUCCUCUAAAGAUAUCAAAGAAGCAGAAGAUGUUCUUGAGGGUGGGGAGGCUGGCCACGAAGAACCAGAAUUAGCCGAGCCACCCCUUAAAUUGGCUUCUACUACAGACGAUGACAAUACUGAUGAUGACCAAAGUGAGGAGAAAGAUGAUGACGAUGAUGAUGUCCCCAUUGUGCUUGGUAUCAUAGCAGAUGCUGGUGUCACAGUCACUGAUGUUGAAGCUCAGGAAAUUGGUGAGGAACCUAUACUUAAAGUUGAUGGUGAUGCAGAGAUAUUAACAGCCAUAGAAGAGAGUGCUGCUAAAGCUGACGACGCAGUAGCUGAUAGAGCUGACUCACAAGAUGGCUUAAGCGCUACUGAUAUCCCAUCUGAUGACCAUGAUGAUAAGAUAGCUAAAGAACUAGCGGACAAUCAAGGUGAAGGUGUAAAAGACAGUCUUAAAGAUGAGACUGGUGUUGGGCUGAAAGACGCUGACUCUGAAAAAGAUAUAACAAGUGAAGGUGAGGGUGUUACUGAGGAGCCUGAGCUAGAUAAGGAGGAGCAGGAGGCAGAGGGAAAAGAGGAGGGAGAUGAACAGAUAAGUGGUGAGGAUGAUGAUGGUAUUAUAUUAACAGCAGCUGUAGUUAGUUCCGAACCAGAUGGAGAUGAGACAACAGUGGCUGAUGAAGAUGAUGGCUCUUCAUCCGAGAAAGCUUCUGAAGCCAAAGAGGAAGUGGACAUGGAAGAAAUAGUUCAAGGCAUAACAACCCUGGAAGAAGAGGAAGAAGAUGAAAAAGCAGUAGAACCAGAACCGGUCCCUAAAGCUGAGGAAGUGAAGGAAAAAGAAGCAGAGAAACCAGUGGCAAAGACUGAAAAAGAAGACAAACAAAAAGAGCCCUCUACAUGUCCUUGUAUGCAUUCAGUAAUACAUAAAGAUCCUCAAAAAGCCCAAGACACUAAACCAAAGGAAGAAAAAGCUGAACCUGAUAAAGUCAAGAAAAGAGAAGUCGAGACCAAGAGAAAGGAGCCCCUGCUUAAACAGAAAAAAGAAAGAGAGGCUCCAAGAACAAGACUAGAGAAAGCAAAGAAAGCUCCAAAAGCAAAGGCAGUGGCUGACGGCAAACUGAAAAAGAGAAGAUCUAGAGCAUCAGAGGACGUGGAAGUGUCAGCCGCUCCAGCUCCGAUAGAGGAGCUUCCUAUGUGCCGACCAACACCUGUGUACUGCCCAGCGCCCCCUGGCUGGUAUGUGCAUCAUAUAGUUACAAGUAGCCCAUUACCACCAUCGGCUUUUCCAGAAUCAGAAGUUCCUAUUUUAACAACUCAUCAAGCUCCUACUGUAUUGAAAGAACCGGAAGCUACUAAGGCAAAACCAAAAAAAGACACUCAAAAGAAAGAACCAGCUGCACCAAAAGAAAAAGCCAAAGCAGCUCCUGCGAAGAAGGAGGCCACAGUUACUAAAGACAACGUAAAACCUUCAGUGGAAAAGAAAAGGCCAACAGUUGUGAAGGAGAAGCCUAAAAGGACAGCGCGAGUGAUCACAAAAGCUGCCUCUACUAAGAAAGAGCCAGCAGUAACAAAGAAGGCAAAAGUAACAACAACCAAAUACAAAGAAGAGAAAGCUGUAAAGCAACUGAAGCCCACAGCAGAGGUUAAGAAGAAGGCCACAUCAACUCCAAAAGCCAUUAAAGAAGUUUUUGGGGGAAAGCCCGUUUCAGGAAAACCUGUUUCAGCCGAGAAGAAACCAUCUGAAGAAACCCAAGACAAACCAGCUGAGGCACCAGCACCAGCAAAAGAGCUGAAAGUGGAGGAAAAUGUCACGGAGGACAAAAAGCCAGGCAAGAUACCAUACUUCCAGUGCAUUUUAAUGAGCACAAAAUCCAGCCAAUAUCCACUGCGGCCCAUGUCCCCUGCUAUGAGUCCAGCUAUUAACCCCAACAUGAUGAGAGCCAUGAUGGAGCAGAGGGCCGCUUUACUGCAGCAGAAAGCCCGUGCAAGUGGACAGUAACAGUUCGGCUCUGGCAGGUGUAAACUGCUUAUGAACCGCUGUAAAAAUACGCUGCUGCUGAGCUCUCAAGAGCUAUUCACCUAAACCAUCACAAAGACUAAAUAACAAAUGGAGGUCACUGGUUGUUCAAUGAACGCUCUCCAUUCCUCCAUAAGUGGCUUUUGAAUCUAAUCACAAUUUCUCAAUUUUUACAAAAAUUACAUGCAAUUACUUAAAAAAAUAUAAAUAAAUUAUAAUGUACGUUUUGAAGUAUAUUUAAUGUAUAAGCGCCUGUCAAAGAAACGUUACUUUUUUUUUUAUUUAAGUUCUUAAAACAUCUGUUUACAUUUGUUGCAGGGGAAAUUCUGCUAGGGUUUUUUUUUGUCACAUUGUACAGAAGACUACUCAGCAGCUAAACACAUUUAGAAGUAGUUAAAUAAUUUAAGUGUUUCUCUAAAUAUUCAGAUAUUUAUUUUUUUAUAUGAUCUCAUUACGGAAAGGAAUACUGCAGCACACAUUCACUUAGGGCCUUAUCUUUAGGCACAGGCCAUUUCCUUUGGCUCACUGGUAAUAAGAUUAUGCGUAGUAUGUCUGGGUUCUACCAGGGUCUGGGAUCUUUCUGUAUUUGUAUGCAAAGCCAUUAGAAAAAAGAAGGACGACAUUUGGACCGAAUCCGAUUUCUAUCUUAACCGAUGAAAUGAGCUUACAACCUUAUAGAAUUAAAAGAGACAUUAAGAAAUUAAGGCACACAAAAGCCUCUAAAUAAUGAAAGGCUUUCAUUUUACUUGACUGGGACUUUUUUUUUUUUAGUAUCUCUUUAGUUAAUUGAAACCCCCUACUGGGGUUAUUAGAUUUAUGGUAGUGAAUUUAAUAGUGUAUGAAUAUGUAUAAUAUAAUUUUUCAUGUACAGGUAAAACCUAAACCAAUUGUGCUAUACUUGAGUACAUAAAGUAUACCGAAAAUUCA